AUGGGUGCAAAUGAUAGUCCAACAACAACUCGUUCAAUUGUAACUGAUUAUUUCGACUGGCGUUUAAAUAACAAUAGAACAAUAACAGAUAAUCGUUUAUUUUUGCUUGUACGUCAAAUAGGUCCUGAAUGUGAAGCAAGCUAUCAUGUUCAACAACCAGCAUUUAAUAUGCUAUUUUCAUCACCAACUGUUGAUUUACAAACAUUAAAUAAUAUUAGACAUUUUCAUAGGGAACUAGCAAAUGAGUUAUUUAAUGGAGGAGUGAUGAAAUGGGCAUAUAUUAUAACAUUUAUAUCAUGGUCAGCUGUAAUAGCUGAACGUACUUUACAACAACUACAACAACCACAAGGAAUAAAUAGUUUAUCACCAGAUACAAUUAUUUCAUCUAUAAUUGAUUGGACAACGGAUUAUAUUGAUACAGAUCUUGCAGCUUGGCUUCAAAGUCAAAAUUAUUGGGAUGGUUGUUUGAAGAAAUUUGAUAAUAGAGUGCAACGACGAAAUUCAAUUGGUCGGGGUAUGGCUAUUCUUGGAACUAUCGGUAUGUUCACACUUGGCGCUUUGUAUAUGAGACGAACUUAA